AAUAGAAAAAAAAAUGCAAGUUGUGUGGAUAUACCCUAAGAACCAAUCGCUUGGAAAAAGUUACAUGAUCGAUACCCAGAGCGCAGCAGCAUGCAGUAAAUUCUUCAUGUUGUUACCAAUAUGGCGUCUCGUUUGAUUUAAAUUUGUUCGUUAAGUGAUCGGCGACAAAGCGAAACACGAGAACUGCAUCUCUGGUCGAAUUGUGAAAGGAAUUUCGAAGACUAUAUUAUUGAAUCAGCAUCCACAUCACGCACAAUGGAUAAUUUCAUAAAAAUAGAAAAAAUCGGAGAAGGUACUUAUGGAGUAGUAUACAAAGGAAAACAUAAGAGGACUGGAGAAAUUGUAGCCAUGAAAAAGAUUCGCUUAGAAAAUGAUGACGAAGGAAUACCAUCAACCGCUAUUAGAGAGAUUUCAUUGCUCAAAGAAUUAACUCAUCCGAACAUAGUGAGCUUGAUCGAUGUAUUAAUGGAAGAGUCAAAACUAUAUCUUAUUUUUGAGUAUCUCACUAUGGACCUGAAAAAAUACAUGGAUAGUUUAGAUAAUAAAUUGAUGGAUUCAGCUGUAGUUAAAUCAUAUUUAUAUCAGAUCACACGUGCAAUUUUGUUCUGUCACAAGCGUAGAAUAUUGCAUCGUGAUUUAAAACCACAGAAUUUACUAAUUGAUAAGACUGGAAUUAUCAAAGUAGCAGAUUUCGGACUUGGAAGAGCAUUCGGAAUCCCAGUGAGAAUAUAUACACAUGAAGUUGUAACUCUGUGGUACAGGGCACCUGAGAUUCUCCUCGGUGCUACUAGAUAUUCGUGUGCGAUUGAUAUGUGGAGUAUUGGAUGUAUUUUUGCUGAAAUGGCAACUAACAAACCAUUGUUUCAGGGAGACAGCGAAAUUGAUCAACUUUUCAGGAUAUUCCGAAUACUAAGAACGCCUACGGAAGAAAUAUGGCCAGGUGUAACGCAACUGCCAGAUUACAAAACGACAUUCCCAAAUUGGAUGGCAAAUAAUUUGGACUUACAAGUAAAGACGUUGGAGCCUGAUGGAUUGAAUCUAUUGGAAGCUAUGCUCACGUACGAUCCUGUAUAUAGAAUAUCUGCACGAGCAGCAUUGCAACAUCCCUAUUUUAAUGAUUUAGAUACAUGCAAAAUACCCGCUGUGUAAAACAUAGAAACUACUCAAGUAAAAGAAGUAAAACUUUACAUUUUUAAUCAUGUGAUUACGUGAAGAGUAUGUCUCUAGGUGUACUGAAAGUUAAUUUAUUUGAGUAAAUGUUCUUCAUUUUGUUUAAUCAUAUCGAUUAAAGUUUACAUUUAUAUUUUUUAGUAGAACUCACUUUGUGUAC